UUGCCGUUCCUGAGGGUGGGGCCGCAGUGUGGCGAGGUGGCCAGCUCCCUGCCUGCUGCUGUGGAGAGACUGAGGGGCAGAGGGGUACCUCAUUGGUGCGCAGCCCUGCGCGGCCGCCUGCUUUUCCGGACUCCUGGCAUCCCUCACUGCAACUGACAAGGUAUUCAUGCUAGCCUGGACCGUUAUUCAGAGUUAGUCUUCAGAAGAGGAUCUGGGAAAGCCUUUGGAUUAUAUUGAACUCAUCCAAGAUGGCCAAGUAUGGGGACCUUGAAGCCAGGCCCGAUGAUGGGCAGAAUGAAUUCAGUGAUAUCAUUAAGUCCAGAUCUGAUGAACACAACGAUGUACAGAAGAAAACCUUUACCAAAUGGAUAAACGCUCGAUUUUCAAAGAGUGGGAAACCACCAAUCAGUGAUAUGUUCUCAGACCUCAAAGAUGGGAGAAAACUCUUGGAUCUUCUAGAAGGCCUCACAGGAACAUCAUUGCCAAAGGAGCGUGGUUCCACAAGGGUGCAUGCCUUAAAUAAUGUCAACCGAGUGCUACAGGUUUUACAUCAGAACAAUGUGGAGUUGGUGAAUAUCGGAGGCACCGACAUUGUGGAUGGGAACCCCAAGCUGACUUUGGGAUUACUGUGGAGCAUUAUCCUACACUGGCAGGUGAAAGAUGUCAUGAAAGAUAUCAUGUCAGACCUGCAGCAGACGAACAGCGAGAAGAUCCUGCUGAGCUGGGUGCGGCAGACCACCAGGCCCUACAGCCAGGUCAACGUGCUCAACUUCACCACCAGCUGGACCGAUGGACUUGCAUUUAACGCUGUGCUCCACCGGCACAAACCCGAUCUCUUCAGCUGGGACAGAGUGGUUAAAAUGUCCCCAAUUGAGAGACUUGAACAUGCUUUUAGCAAGGCCCAUACCUAUUUGGGAAUUGAAAAGCUUCUGGAUCCCGAAGAUGUUGCUGUGCAUCUCCCGGACAAGAAAUCCAUAAUUAUGUAUUUAACGUCUCUGUUCGAAGUGCUUCCUCAGCAAGUCACGAUGGAUGCCAUCCGAGAGGUGGAGACGCUCCCAAGGAAGUAUAAGAAAGAUUGUGAAGAGGAAGAAAUUAAUAUCCAGAGUCCAGUGCUGGCAGAGGAAGGCCAGAGUCCCCGAGCUGAGACCCCUAGCACCGUCACUGAGGUGGACAUGGAUUUGGACAGCUACCAGAUAGCGCUAGAGGAAGUGCUGACGUGGCUGCUGUCUGCGGAGGACACGUUCCAGGAGCAAGACGACAUUUCUGACGAUGUUGAAGAAGUCAAAGAACAGUUUGCUACUCAUGAAACUUUUAUGAUGGAGCUGACCUCGCACCAGAGCAGCGUGGGGAGUGUCCUGCAGGCUGGCAACCAACUGAUGACACAAGGCACUCUGUCGGAUGAGGAGGAGUUUGAGAUUCAGGAGCAGAUGACCUUGCUGAACGCAAGAUGGGAGGCGCUCCGGGUGGAGAGCAUGGAGAGGCAGUCCCGGCUGCAUGAUGCUCUGAUGGAAUUGCAGAAGAAGCAGUUGCAGCAGCUCUCUGGCUGGCUGACCCUCACGGAAGAGCGCAUUCAGAAGAUGGAGAGCCUGCCCCUGGGUGAUGACCUGCCGUCCCUGCAGAAGCUUCUGGAAGAACAUAAAAGUUUGCAAAAUGACCUUGAAGCUGAACAGGUGAAGGUAAAUUCUUUAACUCACAUGGUGGUGAUUGUGGAUGAAAACAGCGGGGAGAGUGCCACAGCUCUUCUGGAAGAUCAGUUACAGAAACUGGGUGAGCGCUGGACAGCCGUAUGCCGCUGGACUGAAGAACGUUGGAACAGGUUGCAAGAAAUCAAUAUUCUGUGGCAGGAAUUAUUGGAAGAACAGUGUCUGCUGGAUGCUUGGCUCACUGAAAAGGAAGAGGCUCUGAAUAAAGUCCAAACCAGCAACUUUAAAGACCAGAAGGAGCUAGGUGUCAGUGUCCGGCGUCUGGCUAUUUUGAAAGAAGACAUGGAAAUGAAGAGGCAGACUCUGGACCAACUGAGUGAGAUUGGCCAGGAUGUGGGCCAAUUACUCAAUAAUCCCAAGGCGUCUCAGAAGAUGAACAGUGACUCUGAGGAGCUGACACAGAGAUGGGAUUCUUUGGUUCAGAGACUAGAAGACUCUUCUAAUCAGGUGACUCAGGCCGUAGCAAAGCUUGGCAUGUCCCAGAUUCCUCAGAAGGAUCUUUUGGAGACCGUUCACGUAAGAGAACAGGGAAUGGCGAAGAAGCCGAAGCAGGAACUGCCUCCUCCUCCCCCACCAAAGAAGAGACAGAUCCACGUGGAUGUGGAGGCCAAGAAAAAGUUUGAUGCUGUCAGUACAGAGCUACUGAACUGGAUUUUGAAAUCAAAGACUGCCAUUCAGAACACAGAGAUGAAAGAGUAUAAGAAGUUGCAGGAGACCUCGGCAAUGCGAAAGAAACUGAAGGGAUUAGAAAAAGAUCAGAAGGAAAAGAUCCCCCGACUGGAAGAACUGAAUCAAACCGGACAAAUCCUUCAGGAGCAAAUGGGAAAAGAAGGCCUUUCGACGGAAGAAAUAAACGAUGUUCUGGAAAGGGUUUCGUUGGAGUGGAAGACAAUAUCUCAGCAGCUGGAAGAUCUGGGAAGGAAGAUCCAGAUGCAGGAAGAUAUAAAUGCUUAUUUUAAGCAGCUCGACGCCCUUGAAAAGACCAUCCAGGCGAAGGAAGCAUGGCUAAGGGACACUCCCUUUUCUGAACUGCCCCGGCAGCCCUUGCUAAACUUGAAGGAUUCCUGCCAGAGGGAACUGACAGAUCUCCUUGGCCUUCACCCCAGAAUUGAGACGCUGUGUGCAAGCUGUUCAGCCCUGAGGUCUCAGCCCUCUGCCCCAGGUUUUGUCCAGCAGGGUUUUGAUGACCUUCGACGUCACUACCAGGCUGUGCGGAAGGAUUUAGAGGAAUACUACCAACAACUAGAAAAGGAGCUGAAGGGCCAGCCUGAGCCUGCAUAUUUGGACACAUUGAAUACUCUGAAAAACAUGCUAAGCGAGUCAGAAAGAGCAGCUCAGGCCUCUCUGAGUGCCCUGAACGAUCCCACAGCGGUGGAGCAGGCCCUGCAGGAGAAAAGGGCCCUUGAUGAAACCCUUGAGAAUCAAAAACCUACGUUACAUAAACUUUCAGAAGAAACCAAGACUUUGGAGAAAAAUACGCUUCCUGAUGUGGGGAAAAUGUAUAAACAAGAAUUUGAUGACGUCCAAGGCAAAUGGAAUAGCGUAAAGACCAAGGUUUCCAGAGAUUUACAUUUGCUGGAGGAAAUCGUCCCCAGACUCAGAGAUUUUGAGGCGGAUUCGGAAGUCAUCGAGAAGUGGACAAAUGGUAUCAAAGACUUCCUCCUGAAAGAGCAGGCGGCCCAGGCAGAUACUGCUGCUCUGCAGAGGCGGCUUGACCAAUGUGCCACAUUUGCUAAUGAAAUCGAAGUGGUCGAGUCAUCUCUGAAAAACAUGAGGGAAAUUGAGACUGGCCUUCAGAGGUGUCCAGUCACUGGAGUCAAGACUUGGGUCCAGGCAAGACUAGUGGAUUACCAAUCCCAACUGGAGAAAUUCAGCAAAGAGAUUGCUAUUCAAAAAAGCAGGUUGUCAGAUAGUCAGGAAAAAGCCAUGAACUUGAAAAAGGAUUUGGCCGAGAUGCAGGAGUGGAUGGCUCAGGCUGAGGAGGACUACCUGGAGAGGGACUUCGAGUACAAAUCUCCCGAAGAACUCGAGUGUGCGGUGGAGGAAAUGAAGAGGGCAAAGGAGGAUGUGCUGCAGAAGGAGGUGAGGGUGAAAAUUCUGAAAGACAGCAUCAAGCUGGUGGCUGCCAAGGUGCCCUCUGGUGGCCAGGAGUUGACGUCGGAGUUCAACGAGGUGCUGGAGAGCUACCAGCUUCUCUGCAAUAGAAUUCGAGGGAAGUGCCACACACUGGAGGAGGUCUGGUCUUGUUGGGUGGAGCUGCUUCACUAUUUGGACCUGGAAACCACAUGGUUGAACACGUUGGAGGAGCGCGUGAGGAGCACGGAGGCCCUGCCCGAGAGGGCGGAAGCUGUGCAUGAAGCCCUGGAGUCUCUCGAGUCUGUUUUGCGUCAUCCAGCGGAUAAUCGCACGCAGAUUCGGGAACUUGGGCAGACUCUGAUUGAUGGUGGGAUUCUGGAUGACUUAAUCAGUGAGAAGCUGGAGGCUUUUAACAGCCGCUAUGAAGAGCUGAGUCACUUGGCGGAGAGCAAACAGAUUUCUCUGGAGAAGCAAGUCCAGGUUCUUCGAGAAACUGAUCACAUGCUCCAGGUGCUGAAGGAGAGCCUUGGGGAGCUGGACAAACAGCUUACCACAUACCUGACGGACAGGAUCGAUGCCUUCCAGCUGCCGCAGGAGGCUCAGAAGAUCCAAGCAGAAAUCUCAGCCCAUGAGCUUAGCCUGGAGGAGCUGAGAAAGAAUGUUCGCUCCCAGCCCCCAACGUCCCCUGAGGGCAGGACCACGAGAGGAGGAGGCCAAAUGGACAUGCUACAGAGGAAACUUCGAGAGGUUUCCACCAAAUUCCAGCUUUUCCAGAAGCCUGCGAAUUUCGAGCAGCGGAUGCUCGACUGUAGGCGGGUGUUGGAGGAAGUGAAGGCGGAGCUUCACGUCCUGGAUGUGAGGGAUGUGGACCCUGACGUCAUCCAGACCCACUUGGACAAGUGCAUGAAACUAUAUAAGACGUUGAGUGAGGUCAAACUUGAAGUUGAGACUGUCAUCAAGACAGGGAGGCACAUUGUCCAGAAGCAACAGACAGACAACCCAAAAGGCAUGGACGAACAGCUCACUUCUCUGAAAGUCCUCUACAAUGACCUGGGCGCACAGGUGACAGAAGGGAAGCAGGGCCUGGAAAGAGCCUCACAGCUGUCUAGGAAGAUGAAGAAGGAGGCCGCCGUCCUCUCCGAAUGGCUCUCUGCCACAGAGGCAGAGCUAGUGCAGAAAUCCGCAUCAGAAGGUGUGGUUGGUGACCUGGACACAGAGAUCUCCUGGGCUAAAAACAUUCUCAAGGACCUGGAGAAGAAGAAAGUUGACCUCAAUGGUAUUACAGAGAGCAGUGCUGCUCUUCAGCACUUGGUCUUGGGCAGCGAGUCUGUUCUGGAAGAGAACCUCUGUGUGCUCAACGCUGGGUGGAGCAGAGUCCGCACGUGGACCGAAGACUGGUGCAACACCUUGCUGAACCAUCAGAAACAGCUGGAGCUAUUCGACGGGCAUGUGGCGCACAUCAGUACCUGGCUCUAUCAGGCCGAAGCUCUGCUGGACGAGAUUGAGAAGAAACCCGCGAGCAAGCAGGAAGACGUCGUGAAGCGCUUACUGUCUGAACUGGAGGAUGCCAGCCUCCAGGUUGAGAAUGUUCGGGAACAAGCCAUCAUCUUGGUGAACGCUCGUGGAAUCGCCAGCAAGGAGCUCGUGGAACCAAAAUUGGCGGAGCUGUGCAGGAACUUUGAAAAGGUGUCCCAGCACAUAAAAAGUGCCCACAUGCUGAUUGGCCAGGACCCUUCAUCCUACCGAGGCUUAGACACUGCUGGAGCUGUUGAAGCUGCCGGGCCUUUCUCUGACUUGGAAAACUUAGAAAAGGACAUAGAAAACAUGUUGAAAGUUGUGGACAAGCACUUGGACCCCAGUAACGAUGAGAAGAUGGAUGAGGAACAAGCCCAGAUUGAGGAAGUUCUACAAAGAGGGGAGCAUCUGCUACACGAACCCAUGGAGGACAAUAAGAAAGAAAAGAUCCGUUUGCAAUUGUUACUUUUGCAUACACGUUACAACAAAAUUAAGACAAUCCCUCUCCAGCAGAGAAAAACAAUUCCACUUUCUUCUGGAAUCACAUCAUCAGCACUGCCUGCAGACUAUCUGGUGGAAAUUAAUAAAAUUUUACUCAGUCUGGAUGACAUUGAGUUAUCACUGAAUAUUCCUGAACUAAACACCACUGUCUACAAAGACUUCUCUUUCCAGGAAGACUCUCUGAAGAGUAUCAAAGAGCAACUGGACAAACUCGGAGAGCAGAUUGCAGGUGUUCAUGAGAAGCAGCCGGAUGUCGUCCUCGAAGCCUCUGGUCCUGAAGCCAUUCAGAUCAGGGACAUGCUCUCUCAACUGAAUGCAAGAUGGGACCGAGUGAACAGAUUGUACAGCGACCGGAGAGGGUCCUUCUCCAGGGCUGUGGAGGAUUGGAGGCAGUUCCACCGUGACCUUGAUGACCUCACACAGUGGCUCUCUGAAGCUGAGGACCUGCUGGUGGACACUUGUGCUCCAGAUGGCAGCCUGGACCUGGAGAAAGCCAGGGCACACCAGCUGGAAUUGGAAGAGGGCCUCGGCAGCCACCAGCCCAGCCUGAUCCAUGUAAACCAAAAGGGAGAGGACAUUGUGCAACGACUCCGCCCCUCAGAUGCAAGCUUCCUUAAGGAAAAGCUGGCAGGCUUAAACCAGCGCUGGAGCGCUCUUGUAGCUGGGGUGAAGGAUCUGCAGCCCAGACUGAAAGGAGAAAGCAGGCAGGUGUUGGGGUACAGGAGACGGCUAGAUGAGGUCAUCUGCUGGUUAUCGAAAGUGGAAGGCGCUGUGCAGAAGAGAUCAGCCCCUGACCUGGAAGAAGAUCCACGGGAAUUAACAGAUUUAGCCCAAGAGAUGGAAGUUCAAGCCGAAAACCUUAAGUGGCUGAACAGAGCAGAACUGGAAAUGCUUUCAGACAAAAACCUGAGUUUUCGCGAAAGAGAUAAACUUUCGGAAAGUUUAAGGAAUGUAAACACAGCGUGGACCAAGGUAUGCAGAGAAGUACCUAGCCUACUGAAGACACGCCCCCCAGACCCCUGCCCUGCCCCACAGACGAGGAUUGCUGCUCAUCCCAACGUCCAAAAGGUGGUGCUAGUAGCAUCUGCAUCGGACGCUCCUCUGCGUGGCCCGGAGAUCGCAGUUCCUGCUGAUUUGGAUAAAACCAUCACAGAACUGGCUGACUGGCUGGUAUUGAUCGACCAAAUGCUGAAGUCCAACAUUGUCACUGUGGGGGACGUGAAAGAAAUCAAUAAGACAGUUUCCCGGAUGAAAAUCACAAAGGCUGAUUUAGAACAACGCCACCCUCAGCUCGAUUGUGUGUUUACGUUGGCCCAGAAUUUGAAAAACAAGGCUUCUAGUUCAGAUGUGAGAACAGCAAUCACAGAAAAAUUGGAAAAGCUGAAGACCCAGUGGGAGAGUACACAGCAUGGUGUGGAGCUGCGGCGGCAGCAGCUGGAGGACAUGGUUGUGGACAGCCUGCGGUGGGAUGAUCACAGGGAAGAGACGGAAGAGCUCAUGAGAAAGUACGAGGCUCGCCUCUACAUGCUGCAGCAGGCGCGCCGGGACCCACUCAGCAAACAAGUUUCUGAUAACCAACUAUUGCUUCAAGAACUGGGGUCUGGUGACGGUGUCAUCAUGGCAUUUGAUAAUGUCCUGCAGAAACUUCUGGAAGAAUACAGUAGUGAUGACACAAGGAAUGUGGAAGAAACCACGGAGUAUUUGAAAACAUCAUGGGUCAAUCUCAAGCAAAGCGUUGCUGAUAGACAGAGUGCCUUGGAGGCCGAGCUGCGGAUGGUGCAGACUUCUCGUAGAGACCUGGACAACUUCGUCAAGUGGCUUCAGGAAGCAGAAACCACAGCGAAUGUGUUGGCCGAUGCCUCUCAGCGGGAGGACGCGCUUCAGGAUACUGUCCUGGUCCAGCAGCUCAGACAGCAGAUGCUGGACAUCCAGGCAGAAAUUGAUGCCCACAAUGACAUAUUUAAAAGCAUCGAUGGAAACAGGCAGAAGAUGGUGAAAGCUCUGGGGAGCUCUGAGGAGGCAACAAUGCUUCAGCAUCGACUGGAUGACAUGAACCAAAGAUGGAAUGAUCUGAAGGCAAAAUCUGCUAGCAUCAGGGCCCAUUUGGAGGCCAGUGCUGAGAAAUGGACCAGGCUGCUGGCGUCGCUGGAAGAGCUGAUCAAAUGGCUCAAUAUGAAAGACGAGGAGCUUAAGAAACAGAUGCCCAUCGGAGGGGACGUUCCUGCCCUACAGCUCCAGUAUGACCACUGCAAGGUGCUGAGACGUGAGCUAAAGGAGAAAGAGUAUUCUGUGCUCAACGCCAUAGAUCAAGCUCGAGUGUUUCUGACUGAUCAGCCCAUAGAGGCCCCUGAAGAACCCAGAAGGAACCCACAAUCAAAGACAGAGCUGACUCCUGAGGAGAGAGCCCAGAAGAUCGCCAAAGCCAUGCGCAAACAGUCGUCUGAAGUCAGAGAGAAGUGGGAGAACCUAAACGCUGUGACUAGCAACUGGCAAAAGCAAGUAGGGAAGGCGUUAGAGAAACUCCGGGACCUGCAGGGAGCUAUGGACGACCUGGGUGCAGACAUGAAGGAGGCAGAGGCGGUGCGGAAUGGCUGGAAGCCCGUGGGGGACCUGCUCAUCGACUCGCUGCAGGACCACAUAGAGAAAACCCUGGCGUUUAGAGAAGAAAUUGCACCAAUCAACUUAAAAGUUAAAACAAUGAAUGACCUGUCCAGUCAGCUGUCUCCACUUGACCUGCAUCCAUCUCUAAAGAUGUCUCGCCAACUGGAUGACCUUAACAUGCGAUGGAAACUUCUACAGGUUUCUGUGGACGAGCACCUUAAACAGCUCCAGGAAGCCCACAGAGACUUCGGGCCGUCUUCUCAACACUUUCUGUCCACUUCAGUCCAGCUGCCCUGGCAGAGGUCCAUUUCGCAUAAUAAAGUGCCCUAUUACAUCAACCAUCAAACACAGACAACCUGUUGGGAUCAUCCUAAGAUGACUGAACUCUUUCAAUCCCUUGCUGAUCUGAAUAAUGUACGUUUCUCUGCCUACCGCACAGCAAUCAAAAUUCGAAGGCUGCAAAAAGCAUUAUGUUUGGAUCUCUUAGAGCUGAAUACAACAAAUGAAGUUUUCAAGCAGCACAAACUGAACCAAAAUGAUCAGCUCCUGAGUGUCCCCGAUGUCAUCAACUGUCUGACCACAGCUUACGACGGGCUUGAACAGUUGCACAAGGACUUGGUCAAUGUUCCACUCUGUGUUGAUAUGUGUCUCAACUGGCUGCUCAACGUGUAUGACACGGGCCGGACUGGAAAAAUCAGGGUACAGAGUCUGAAGAUUGGAUUGAUGUCUCUCUCCAAAGGCCUCUUAGAAGAAAAAUACCGAUGUCUCUUUAAGGAGGUGGCAGGGCCAACAGAGAUGUGUGACCAGCGGCAGCUUGGUCUGCUGCUUCACGAUGCCAUCCAGGUCCCUAGGCAACUGGGGGAAGUAGCAGCCUUCGGGGGCAGUAACAUUGAGCCCAGCGUCCGCAGCUGCUUCCAGCAGAAUAACAACAAGCCAGAAAUCAGUGUGAAGGAGUUUAUAGACUGGAUGCAUUUGGAACCACAGUCCAUGGUGUGGUUGCCUGUCCUGCAUCGUGUUGCAGCUGCGGAGACUGCAAAGCAUCAGGCCAAAUGCAACAUCUGCAAAGAAUGCCCGAUCGUUGGGUUCAGGUACAGGAGUCUGAAGCAUUUUAACUAUGAUGUCUGCCAGAGUUGUUUCUUCUCUGGUAGAACAGCAAAAGGCCACAAAUUACAUUACCCAAUGGUGGAAUACUGCAUACCGACAACAUCUGGGGAAGAUGUGCGAGAUUUCACCAAGGUGCUGAAGAACAAGUUCAGAUCCAAGAAAUAUUUUGCCAAACACCCUCGGCUUGGCUACCUGCCUGUCCAGACUGUGCUGGAGGGGGACAACCUAGAGACUCCUAUCACGCUCAUCAGUAUGUGGCCAGAGCACUAUGACCCUUCCCAGUCCCCUCAGCUGUUUCACGAUGACACCCACUCAAGAAUAGAGCAAUACGCUACACGACUGGCCCAGAUGGAAAGGACAAAUGGAUCCUUCCUGACUGACAGCAGCUCUACCACAGGAAGCGUGGAGGACGAGCAUGCCCUCAUCCAGCAGUACUGCCAGACACUAGGCGGAGAGUCUCCCGUGAGCCAGCCGCAGAGUCCGGCUCAGAUCCUGAAGUCCGUGGAGAGAGAGGAGCGCGGAGAACUGGAACGGAUCAUUGCUGACUUGGAGGAAGAGCAAAGAAAUCUGCAGGUGGAGUAUGAGCAGCUGAAGGAGCAACACCUAAGAAGGGGACUCCCCGUGGGCUCCCCUCCAGACUCCAUCGUAUCUCCUCACCACACAUCUGAGGACUCGGAACUUAUAGCGGAAGCCAAGCUCCUUCGGCAGCACAAAGGGCGGCUGGAGGCGAGGAUGCAGAUUUUGGAAGAUCACAAUAAGCAGCUGGAGUCUCAGCUGCACCGCCUCAGACAGCUCCUGGAGCAGCCUGACUCUGACUCCCGCAUCAAUGGCGUCUCCCCGUGGGCUUCCCCACAGCAUUCUGCAUUGAGCUACGCGCUUGACACUGACCCAGGCCCACAGUUCCACCAGGCAGCAUCUGAGGACCUGCUGGCCCCGCCUCAUGACACCAGCACGGACCUCACGGACGUGAUGGAGCAGAUCAAUAGCACGUUUCCCUCUUGCAGCUCAAAUGUCCCCAGCAGGCCACAGGCAAUGUGAAGCAUCUAUCCAGCCAACCAACGUUUCCCGACCUUCAGUAUUGCCCUCUUCUGCAAAUGCCAAUUCCAAGUCCCAUUGAACCCCCAAGCUCCGUGGCUCCAUGACACUAGCUGUUGAGUGCUGACUGGGUGUUCUGCUGAGGGAACCAAACCCUGACUGUCCAAAGAGAAAAGGAUAUUUUGGUUUUAUAACGUUUAUUAUUGUUCUCUUCUCCUCUUUCUAUGCAACUGUAAAUUAAUGAACAGAGAAGUUAUUUGGAGGUGGUAAAGCAUUUGUCACUGAUUUGUAUAAUAUAUACAGCCAUGGGAAAGUGGGUGGGGGCUUUCUAAUAUGAAACCGUCUUUUUAAUAACCGAGAGAAAAAAUUGCAUAAGAAUUAGACCACUUUACAUUAUUACAUUCCUUCUGUGGUUCAUAUUAACUUUGUACAAUAACUUCAUUUAUUAUUUGACUAUUUUACCAUUAUGUUUUGGUUAUUUAUAAAUUUUUCAGCCAUACAACCAAAUAGUUUCUAUAUAUUUGUUUCUAUAAUCUGGCCAAAUUCCUAAGUUCAUGUAUUUGAAUCAAAUAUUUUAUAUAUGUGGAGUAGGCAGCAAUUCUGAGUAUACUAUUUAACUUUAGUCGACAUCAUACUCACAGUCCUUUAGUAACCACUGGAUGACUGCACUACAAAUCCUGUGGACUUAAAUGGCUAGCUGCUGGGGUGGUUUUCCUCCUGUUUUUAUUUCUUUUUUUGUAAGUAGAUCUUGACGUCUUUAUUUAUUUCAUCUUGCAAUUUCUAUAAUAAAAAAGAUUGCAUGGCAAUAGUCUCAAGACAUUAUUUUACCAAGGGUUACCAUUUAAGCAUAUUUUCAUGUUGACUCAGAAACCAAAGUUGGUGCAACCUCUCCUGGUACUUGCAACCUUGGUUUUCAUUAGAAAACACACAGCAGAAUGUGCCCAUGGCGAGACGCAAGCACAGCGUGCUCCUUCAGGUUCCUUUGAAGAGACUUUGAUUGUUGGUUUUAUAUUUUUAAAGUCCUGUGCAAGUUUCGAAAGUGCUGCUUGUUUCCUUUGUGAAAUCAGACAGAUACUUAGUGACUGUCUCAUGUGAGGCUUUGGAGCAGACAGACAGACGUCUCGUGACCCCUCACUCGACCAGCAGCACAUCUGGGAAAGAUGUCAAUCACAAGCCUACACCACUACUUCUCUAGAGUGAAAUUAAUACUCAGAUGAUUGUAUCCCUGCCUCUACUCCUGAGUGCAUUCAACUAGAUUUUGGCUUCUUUUUUUCUUUUUCUUUGUCUUUUCUGUUUUUUUUUUUUUUUAAUUUAACACCUAAUUACUGAUUUUAGGGAAACCAAAAAUAAAAGUAAAGGUAAUAUGUUUUGAUUCAAACAUAUAUAUGAUUCAAACAUAUAUGCUUUUAAAACAUCAGGACGUGCUAACUUUGGGUUCUCUUUCACUGGGAUCUGGCCAGAAGGAGGCUGAAAGUUAGAAAUCGCUAUUCUUUUAGGAUCGGUUGGGUGGGUUGGGGGGCAAGGGUGUCUAUUUGCAGCAUAGAUAUUUUGAGAUGAAGAAAAUUGUUUUAUAUAAGAGGAGAGCCAUUAUCACCUUUCUACCUCAGAACCAUCUUCCUCCAUUGUGUUGGACAUAGCUUUAUAUGCCGCGGUGUGCAAAGCCGAGGGCUUUCAUCAGGCCAUUUCAUACCCAGGAAAGCACCUGUGUAAACAACAUCGACAAAAACUCCCUGAACUCAGAACCCCAAGUUGUAGAUUUGGUGUCUUCCUUGUUCUUGCUUUGAGGAGUCAUGUAUUCUUUUAUUUCCUGCCUGUAUUUGUAUGCAAAAUGAUCUCUAUCUGCUAUUACAGAAACAGCUACACAAAACACUACAUUGUAACCUUCUGAGUAAUAAAUAAGAGGAGAUAUAUUACAGUAACCAUGAUGAGAAAUAAGUGUAUUGUUCUUUUGAAAUAUGUGGUUAAAAAAAAUCUAAUCACAGACUGUCAUCUAAUCUGUUACAUACUGUAUUUUUCAUCCUGAAUAAAAGUAAUUUUAACACAAAA